GGCCGAGGCCUGGCCGGGCUUCAGGACGUUGAGCCUGCCGUCACUUCAAGUCGCGGGAGUGGGAAGGAAGGGUGCAAAACGGGGUCCGUUCACCACUGUGGGCGCGGGGCCCUGACUGCCUUUUCGCGGAGGUGCAGCGCCCUAGCAGCCGGGCCGCGAUCGGCGCGGGGUCCACUCAGACCAUCGAGACCGCGGGGUGGCCCAGGAGCUGCAACGAAGGUGUCGUGCGGCCGCUUGCCGCUGCCCUGGCAACUCCGCCGACGCCCCCAUCUCAACCUAGGUUCUUUUUUCCCCCUGUUCUGCAGGCUUGCUUCCGGCGUCAUGGCUCAAAGGGCCUUCCCGAAUCCUUAUGCCGAUUUUAACAAAUCCCUGGCCGAAGGCUACUUUGAUUCUGCCGGGAGGCUAACUCCCGAGUUCUCACAACGCUUGAACAAUAAGAUUCGAGAGCUUCUUCAGCAAAUGGAGAGAGGCCUCAAGUCAGCAGACCCUCGAGACAGCACUAUUUACACUGGCUGGACAGGUAUCUCUUUGCUUUACUUACAUCUCUAUGAUGUGUUCGGGGACCCUGCUUACCUGCAGAUGGCACAUGGCUACGUGAAGCAAGGUCUCAACAGUCUGAGCAAGCGGUCCAUCACCUUCCUGUGCGGGGACGCGGGCCCCCUGGCGGUGGGCGCUGUGGUGUAUCACAAGAUGAACAAGGAGAAGCAGGCAGAAGACUGCAUCACCAGGCUAAUUCACCUAAAUAAGAUUGAUCCCCACGCUCCAAAUGAAAUACUCUAUGGACGGAUGGGCUACAUCUAUGCUCUUCUCUUUGUGAAUAAGAACUUUGGAGUGGAAAAGAUUCCUCAAAGCCACAUUCAGCAGGUUUGUGAAACAGUCCUAACCUCUGGAGAAAACCUAGCUAAAAAGAGGAACUUCACAGCAAAGACUCCACUGAUGUAUGAAUGGUACCAAGAAUAUUAUGUGGGGGCUGCUCAUGGCCUGGCAGGAAUUUAUUACUACCUGAUGCAGCCCAGCCUUCAGGUGAGCCAGGUGAAGUUACAUAGUUUGGUCAAGCCCAGUGUAGACUAUGUCUGCCAGCUGAAAUUUCCUUCCGGCAAUUAUCCUCCUUGUGUGGAUGACAGUCGAGAUCUGCUAGUGCACUGGUGUCACGGCUCACCUGGCGUAAUCUACAUGCUCCUCCAGGCCUAUAAGGUGUUCAGAGAGGAACACUACCUCAAUGACGCGUACCAGUGUGCUGACGUGAUCUGGCAGUACGGGUUGCUGAAGAAGGGGUACGGGCUGUGCCACGGCACCGCCGGCAACGCCUACGCCUUCCUGACGCUGUACAACCUCACACAGGACGUGAAGUACCUGUACAGGGCCUGUAAGUUUGCUGAGUGGUGCUUAGAUUAUGGAGAACAUGGAUGCAGAACACCGGACACCCCCUUCUCCCUCUUCGAAGGAAUGGCUGGGACAAUAUAUUUCCUGGCCGACCUCCUAGUGCCCACAAAAGCCAGGUUCCCUGCGUUUGAACUAUAAAAGGAACGCCUGCCCCCUGCAACUCACUGCAUGACCCUUUCUGUGUAUCAAACCUGGACUAAGUGCUUUUAUUGCUUUUCAAGGAAACACAGGGUCAAACCGUGUACUUGAUUUAGUUGAUUUUUUUUUAAUUUCAUAAUUUGCCUUCAGUUCGGUUCCUUCUGUUUAUCAUUUACUUUUACUGAAAAGUAUCCAAGGAAAUCUUUUAACUUCAGUUUCCUCCUAAAGGAAGGGUGGAUGAUAUGUACAGUGUUUUGAGGGCAUAGAUAUAUAUAUCAGUUUCAGAAUUUGGAUGAAACCUUUCUCUUAAGCUUAUGAACAUAACCAUCCUUUGCUGUUCUAGAACUGUUUAAAAGAAACUAAAUGUACAUAAAGAAAAAUACAUGGUUAUUGUUGGAUAUUGUUA